ACCUCUAAAGCUCACUCCAAUACUAAAAACCCCAACUUGUUACCACCCAUUACCAUGGCAUCCAUGAGUUCUUCCGCUUUUUCAUCAUGUUCUCCACUAAUGCUUCUGGCGCUUGUUCUAAUUUUGAUCAGCUCUUUGAUGGCUCUCACGGCUGGUAAUUUCAAUCGUGAAUUUGACCUCACUUGGGGAGAUGGCCGUGCUAAGAUACUCAACAGCGGGGAGCUUCUUACUCUGUCCCUUGAUAAAGCCUCUGGCUCAGGAUUCCAGUCCAAGAAUGAAUAUCUCUUCGGAAAGAUAGACAUGCAGCUCAAGCUCGUCCCCGGAAACUCUGCCGGCACCGUAACAGCCUACUAUUUAUCUUCCAAAGGAUCAACGUGGGAUGAGAUAGACUUUGAGUUCUUGGGGAACCUCAGUGGCGAUCCUUACAUCCUUCAUACUAAUGUCUUUAGCCAAGGCAAAGGCAACAGAGAGCAACAGUUCUAUCUCUGGUUUGACCCAACUGCAGAUUUUCACACCUAUUCCAUCCUCUGGAAUUCCCAGCGCAUUAUAUUCUCUGUAGAUGGAACUCCCAUUAGAGAGUUCAAGAACUCAGAAUCGAUUGGUGUUCCAUUUCCAAAAAGCCAGCCGAUGAGGAUAUACUCUAGUCUCUGGAAUGCUGAUGACUGGGCUACAAGAGGUGGACUUGUCAAGACAGACUGGAGCCAAGCUCCCUUUACUGCUUCCUACAGAAAAUUCAAAGCUGAUGCUUGCAUAUGGUCUUCUGGGGCAUCUUCUUGCGGUUCAAGCAAAUCCUCCUCCACCAAAACUUCUUCCUGGCUUUCACAAGAGCUGGACACUGCAAAUCAAGAGAGGUUGAAAUGGGUGCAGAAGAACUACAUGAUAUAUAAUUACUGUACCGAUUUAAAGAGGUUUCCCCAGGGCAUACCUCCUGAAUGCCGCACCUCCUAGAGAUCAAUUAUCCAUAUAAAUAUGACAUAUCCAUAUUCUUUUGUUUUAAAA